AUGAAAUCAAGUGACUAUGAAAAAUUGGGAGAUGCAUUAUUUUUAUGGUUUACACAACAGCGUGAUAAGGGAGCUCCCAUCUCUGGACCAAUUCUACAAGCGAAAGCAUUAUCACUGCGCACUCUUUUCCCGGAGGAAACGAAACAAUUCACAGCAAGCCAAGGCUGGCUCGAUAGAUGGAAAAAGAGGCAUGAUAUACGUCAGCUCAAUAUUUGUGGUGAGAAGCUAUUUGCAGACAGCUCUGCCGUGAUAACAUUUAAAGAAAAAAUUCAACAAAAAAUAAACAACGAUGGAUACAGCCCAGAUCAAAUUUAUAACUGUGAUGAGACUGGCCUAAAUUACAAACUUUUGCCAGCCAAAACCCUAGCAUCACGUCAAGAAACAUCAGCUCCUGGUUACAAACGUAGCAAAGAAAGGGUAACAAUUUUAGCAAUGCAAUGCAGCAAUGCUUCUGGUAGUCACAAAUUGCCCCUCACGAUGAUUGGAAAAUCUACCAAGCCUAGAGCUUUUAAAAAUCUUUCACCAACAGCCAUGCCCGUUUACUAUAGAAACCAAAGAAGUGCAUGGAUGGAUUCAAAACUCUUCAAAGCAUGGUUCUAUGAAGAAUUUGUUCCUCAAGUGGAGCAACAUUUGAAAAAAAAAUGA